GCGAGGGGAGGGGAGGCCGGGGACAUAGGAGACACAGAUGGUUAUGGGAACGCGGGGUCUGGGCGUCUCCGGGUGCUGUGAGGCGACAGGAGGUGCCAGCGGCGCCAGUGGGAGCCGGGAAUGCCCGCAGCGAGGCGGGAGGGGCCUCCCAGAGGGCCGGAAUCCAUAUGCGCGGGGCGGGUUCCGGGCGGACCGGAAGCGCGGCUGAACCCGUUGCCGUGACAGCGGGCCCUGGGCCGCCAUGGAGGCCUCGCUCACUGACAUGUACGACCAGGCACUUCUGGGCAUCCUGCAGCAUGUCGGCAACGUGGAGGAAUUCCUACGCAUCCUCUUCGGCUUCCUCUACCGCAAGACCGACUUCUAUCGGCUCCUCCUGCGGCCCGGGGACCGCCUGGGCUUCCCGCCCGGCGCGGCGCAGGCCAUGGCCCUGCAGGCAUUCCGAGUGUUUGAACGGAUGGCCAGGCAGGACGAUGAGAAGAGGCGCCGGGAGCUGGAGGUGAAGCUGAGGAAAAAGGAGGAGGAGGAGGAGGCAGCUGCAGCCGCUGAGAGGGUGAAGCUGUGCCCUGCAGCUCAGGAGAUUGAGGUGGAGACAACAGAACACAUCCCAGCACCACAUACUGGGGAAGCUGCAGGCACUCAAGAAUCAGCUACAGCCCAGGGUGCCGCAGACCCCAGCCCAGGGAUGGUGGAGCCUCCGGGGGCUGCUGCCCCAGCAGAGCUGCCCACGAGACAGGAGCAGUUCCAGACAAACCCCGACAGCUACAACGGAGCUGUGCGAGAGAAUUACACCUGGUCCCAAGACUACAGUGACCUGGAAAUCAAAGUGCCUGUACCCAAGCACAUUGUCAAAGGCAAACAGGUAUCUGUGGAUAUCAGCAGUGGUGCAAUUCGUGUAGCGGUGCUGGAGGGAAGCAGCCAACACAUCCUCAUGGAAGGGAAACUCACCCACAAGAUCAACACAGAGAGUUCCCUCUGGAGCCUGGAGCCUGGGAAGUGUGUUUUGAUCAACCUGAACAAGGGGGACGAGUACUGGUGGAACGCCAUCCUAGAGGGCGAGGAGCAGAUCGACAUUGACAAGAUCAACAAGGAGCGCUCCAUGGCCACAGUGGAUGAGGAAGAGCAUGCUGUGCUUGACCGCCUCACCUUUGACUACCACCAGAAGCUGCAGGGCAAGCCCCAGAGCCAUGAGCUGAAGGUGCAUGAGAUGUUAAAGAAGGGCUGGGACACCGAGGGCUCGCCAUUCCGUGGCCAGAAAUUCGACCCCUCCAUGUUCAACAUCUCCCCCGGCGCCGUCCAGUUUUGACAGUGGCAAAAACAACUGAAAAAUAAAGCAGGGAGAGGAAACCUCCCUGCCCCUGGAUGCCCACGAGGACCCUCGCUCCCAGCGCCAGUGCCCAAGACUCGCUGAUCCACGCUGCCGGCGCCCAUCCAUGCUGUGUGGGGAAGCCUGAGGAAGCGGGCAGAUCUACAUCCUGUCACCAUGGCAACCUGGGCACCAGGACCCCUCUCCUCCCCUUCCCUCCCCUGCCCUCCCCUCACCUCGAGCUGCCGAUGCUCCAUGUUUUUCUGGAAUAGAGGGAGCACAUUGGGACGUGUUGGGUGACAGAAUUGUUUUUUUGGUGGAUGAGGAUACUGCUUUUGGGGUUUCUGGGGAUGCAGAGCCCUCCCUGCCCUGGCACUGGGCUGCUUUGUCCCUCACAGGUGGAGAUGGGUGCUGGGUAUGGGCAGUGGGGAUGGGGAAGCCUACCCCUGCCUGCCUCUGCCAGCACCCUGCCCGCCUGGCACCCCCAAAUCCUCACGCCAACCCCACUCCAGGGUAUCCCAAGGGGGCUGUGCUGCCGCUGCCCUCUACCCAGCUCUGGGGGAGGCUUCCUCCUGCCUUCCUCCUGCUUCACCUCCUCACUGGAGGGUUGUCAGAACACCCAGGAGUGGGCAGAGAUCACAGCCAUCCCCUAGGGUUUGCUCCCUCUUAGGGAGCAGCAGGGGUGCUCCCCACAGCACUGGCAUUUAUGGGGGGACUACAGCCCCACCCCUCAUAGCCGGCAGCUGAGCAGGAGCCUCAGAAGCAUACGGGUUUCCCUGGCAUGGUACUUGGGGGUCUGGGAGUGGGGGCCCCACCUAGGCCCAGCCUGGCUCUCACAGCUUGCUUGGGGUGUGUGGGCUAGGGGUCCCCAGCCAUCGCUUUGUCCGGUUCCCUGCCCCCCACUCCCAGUUUGCAAUAAACACGUCUCACCGUG